AUGCCAAGCUUCUGGUGGACACUCACACGCCUACAUCAUCUCGAAUCCCCCCUCUGGAUGAGAAGGCCAAACAACGAAAACGCUAUGAGCUCGCUUGUCCCACUGCGCCAGACCAUCCUUCUCCGCCUCGAGCCUAUUAGCAAGCAGAUAACUGCACACUUAGUCGCAACGGUUCUACGUGGCGCCAUACUUCCAGUAUCAUCAGAAGCUUGGUAUCAAUUUGGUUUUGUGGCCACCGAGGAUGAGGCCAAAGAACGUCAUCUGGCCGGACUAUACGCGACCAUGCUCAAGGAAUCCAGUAACACAGAGGCAAUAUUCCGCGAUCUUGUCAAAGCUCUUGAAACAAACAGCCUCGUGCAACUGUUCGACAUGCACGAGUACUCGCAAUUCCGCGAAGUGUUCCCCAGUCUCGAAGACUUUCUAAACACUACACCUACCAAACGUCCAACAGUCUGGCGCUUGCGACAAUUCGUAGAUUCGAGUCAGGCAGUGGAGCCACCAGCGUGCCUCCAACGCGACUACGGCUUUAAAUACUGUUGCCGCCGGGAAGAAGUUGAGCGCAUGAAAGCUGUUUACGCUGUCAUGCUACGCCGGCUUGGCCCUAUGAGAGUCCACAGCUACUGCACUGUUAAUCGCCUAUACGAGGAAGGAAUCAUAAAGACCGGCAUCCCGAUGAAUGCUAGUGAUGCCCGGUUGAUGCAGAAUGACUACAUGUCACCAUUCAUGGGCUUUGAUAACGAUCUCGGUCUCGCGGCGUAUCGCGGCCCGCUCUUUAGGAAGUCUUUGCAGAUAUGA